CGCGCAGUAACUCUCCUUUUGUUAUUCAUGAGUAAAAGGAAACUUUGUGGCAGAGUAAAGUACUCCAGGAGCGCCAAAAGCAGCCCAGCCGGAUAACUUUGAGGAUUUCUGCAUGGAUUUGUGAGUGUACAGUCAAAGGGAGAUCCAGGAGGGCUCUGUUUUGGGUUUUUCUCUGGUGUGGAGCGCUGAACAACAACAUGCCCUAAUAAGAGUCAAUGAUUCAUUAUUUACUCAAUGAGAUAAUAAAGUCACGGAGCUGCAUUCACAGAUUCAACACGCAGAAAGGGAUUUGCUGUGUAUGUAAAGGUGAGCGUUCCAGACGUACACGUGAAGAUGGCCACCGUGGGUGUGAUGUCAGAGGCGUCUGAGGGCGGAGACAACGAAUUCACUGACAUCAUCAAGUGGAGAUCAGAUGAACAUGACGCCGUGCAGAAGAAGACCUUCACCAAGUGGAUCAACGCUCAGUUCUCCAAGACGGGGAAAGCGCCGAUCAAAGACAUGUUCUCUGACCUGAGAGACGGCAGAAAACUGCUGGACCUGCUGGAGGGACUGACUGCAAACACACUGAUUAAAGAGCGCGGCUCCACUAGAGUUCACUCACUCAACAACGUCAACCGCGUGCUGCAGGUCCUCCACCAGAACAACGUGGAUCUGGUGAAUAUCGGUGGGACGGAUAUAGUCGAUGGCAAUCAUAAGCUGACUCUGGGACUCAUCUGGAGCAUCAUCCUGCACUGGCAGGUGAAGGACGUGAUGAAGGAUGUGAUGUCGAGUCUUCAGCAGACGAACAGUGAGAAGAUUCUGCUGAGCUGGGUGAGGAACUGCAGCCGGAGCUACAGCAGCGUCAACGUGCUCAACUUCACCAGCAGCUGGGCCGACGGACUCGCCUUCAACGCCAUACUACACCACUUCAGGCCUCAGGGCUUCAGCUGGGAGAAGGUGGUCAGUCUGACGCCUGUGGAGAGACUGGAGCACGCUUUUACAUUCGCCAAAGACCAGCUCAACAUAGAGAAACUGCUGGAUCCAGAAGAUGUGGCGGUGCAGCUGCCGGAUAAGAAGUCCAUCAUCAUGUACGUGACCUCACUGUUCGCCGUCUUACCCAAUGACAUCACCAUGGAUGACAUCAGAGAGGUGGAGACGCUGCCCCGACGCUACAAGGUGGAGGCUGAUGAGGGACACGCGGGGUUUGCGGGUGAGGUGGAGGUGGACCGCAGCAGCAGCACGCGCAGCAGCACACUGACGGAGCUGCAGAUGGAGGUGAAUCUGGACUCGUAUCAGAUCACUCUGGAGGAGGUGCUGACCUGGCUGCUGUCGGCUGAAGACACGCUGCACAUGCAGGAGGACGUUUCUGAAGACGUGGAGGAGGUCAAGGACCAGUUCCACACGCAUGAGGCGUUCAUGAUGGAGCUGACGGCGCACCAGAGCAGUGUGGGAAACGUCCUGCAGGCGGGAAACCAGCUGAUCGCUCAAGGAAACCUGAGUGAAGAAGAAGAGGAGGAGAUCCGGGAACAGAUGACACUGCUCAACUCGCGCUGGGAGAACCUGCGCGUCGCCAGCAUGGACCGACAGUCCAGGCUUCAUGAGGUCCUGAUGGAUCUGCAGCAGCAGCAGCUCCAGCAGCUCUCUGAUUGGCUGACGCAGACAGAGGGGCGGAUUCGGAAGAUGGAGACUGAGCCAAUAGCAGGAGACAUACAGCGAUACCUGACCCAGAUGGAGCAGCACAAGGCAUUGCAGAAUGACCUGGAGGCGGAGCAGGUGAAGGUGAACUCCCUCACUCACAUGGUUGUGGUUGUGGAUGAAAACAGCGGUGAGAGCGCCACCGCUGCCCUGGAGGAGCAACUGCAGUCACUGGGAGAGCGCUGGGCGGCAGUGUGUCGCUGGACGGAGGAGCGCUGGAACAAACUGGAUGAAACUCAGCUGGUGUGGCAGAGGCUGCUUGAUGACCAGAGUUUAUUUGGAUCAUGGCUAACCGAAAAGGAGAAGGCCUUGUGUGAAGUGCAGACCCGUGAUUUUAAAGACCCCAGUGACAUAAAUGCCAGCGUCCGCAGAUUAGCUAGUCUUAAGGAGGAUAUGGCCCAGAAACGGAGGACUUUGAGUGCUCUAUCAGACGCUGGUCAAGAUGUGAUGGUGCUGUUGAACAGUCCAGCUGCAGCUCAGAGGAUCGAAUCUGAUACAGACCUUUUGACCCAACGCUGGGACAACCUGGUCCAGAAACUAGAGGACUGCUCCAGCCAGGUGGCUGAAGCAGUGUCUGUGACCGGGAUGCCUCAAGUACAGGAGAGAGUCUUGAUGGAGACGGUAACAGUCACAACCGUGACAACACGGAUGGAGCAAACCUACUCCAGCAGCGACCGAGAGCUGCCACCACCCGCUCCACCCAAAAGAAGACAUCUGGAUACAGACGGAGAGCUCAGGAGACUCUGAAACCGAUGUCCCGAGCUGUUGUCUGGUCUGGCUGCAUGGAGAUCAUCUGCCCGAACUGCUGGAGACUCUCCCGCCCUGAAGGAAGCACUGCAGGUCCUGGAAGUGGAUCUCGCUGAGAGCGAGGGCUCGGUGAAGGAGCUGAGGCAGAAAGCAGAGAAGAUGAUUGAACAGCUGGAGAAAGAAGGUCUGUCUUCGGAGGAGGCUCGCUCUGGCCUGGAGUCUGUUUGUAAAGAGUGGGAGAGCUGUCAGACGCUGAUCCAGGAGCUGAGGAGCCGGGCUGGGCUUCUAGAGCGGCUGGCGGAGGUGGAGUCUGGACUGAAGGCUGCAGAGGAAGUCCUGGAGGAGCAGAAGAACUGGAUGAACAACACAAAAGAGUUUAGAGCCGAGGAAAACCAGCAGGAGCUCCAGAUGCUCAAAGACGACUGUGAGGCUCGAAUCGUGGAGCUGGAGAAGCUCCAGCCGCAGGUGGAGGAUCUCCGUUCUCAGUCAGAGCGUCUGAACCAUGAAUCCGCUCAUACUCUGAGGUCCCGCGUGAAACAGUUAGCAUCAAACUACAGCUCCACUGUUCAGGAGCUCAGGAACCGACAGCGGGACAUCACUGCAGUUUUGUCCAGGCUCGUGGGCUCCAGAGCGCUGCAGCAGAUGGAGUCCAGACUAAACAGCAUCAGCGCUGAAAUCAGAGACGUCACCACAGCUGAACAGGCCAUCAGUAAAGCCCAGGCCUUCAGUGUGGAGUUGGAGCAGCAGCGGGUGUCAGCGCUGGACUCAGUGGAUCAGCAGUGUUGGACUGAUCUCUCCACCACCGCUCAGGAUCAGCUCAGCAUGCUGCAGUGCGUUCUGGGAAGCAUGAAGGACUCGCAGGUGAAGAGUGCGGAGGUGCAGCGAUGGCUCAAUGCAGUGGAGGAGCUUCUGUCUCGAGACGCCGGCAGCUUCAGAAACACUGAUAAACUACAGGAGGAGUUCAACCAGUGCAAGGAGCUGUUGGCGGAGAUGGAGAGCGUGGAGUCGUGUCUGAAGCAGAUGAAGGAGGACGUGACGGCCGUUCAGCAGAGCUCAGUACCGGGACUGGUUAUUUGGGGGCAGAAAGAGCUUGAAGACAACCAGAAACGCUGGGACUCGCUCAGCAAACAGCUGUUGAGGCGAGACGAGAGUGUGAGUGAAGGACAGGAGAAAGUGUCGAAUCUGAAGAAGGACGUGGCGGAGAUGCGGGAGUGGAUGAUUCAAGUGGACGAGGAGUUUCUGAUGAGAGACUUUGAGUACAAGAGCCCUGAGGAGCUGGAGGAGGCUCUGCAGGAGAUGAAGAGGGCGAAAGAGGAUGUGUUACAGAAGGAAGUGCGCGUGAAGAUAUUGAAGGACAGUAUUAAUGUGCUGAUCAGCAAGACGCCCCCUGGUGGACCAGAUCUGACCCCCGAACUCAACGAGGUGCUGCACAACUACCAGAAACUGUGUGAUCGCUUCAAGAGCAAGUGCCAUACACUCGAGGAGGUGUGGUCCUGCUGGAUUGAGCUGCUGCAGUAUCUGGAUGUGGAGUCUGCCUGGCUGAACACACUGGAGGAGAAAGUCCGGCAAACUGAAAACAUCCCCGAAAACACACAGGCCGUCAGCGAGGCUCUGGAGUCUGUGGAGUGUGUUGUGCGUCAUCCGUCUGAUAACCGCACUCAGAUCCGCGAGCUGGCGCAGACGCUCAUCGACGGAGGGAUCCUGGACGAACUCAUCAGCGACAAACUGGAGAACUUCAACACACGCUACGACCAGCUCACACACACGGCCUCAGAGCGUCAGAUGUCUCUGGAGCAGCAGUUGUCGUCUCUGCGGGAGAGCGAGACGGCGUUACACACACUGCAGACGUCCCUCACACUGCUGGACCAAACACUCACAUCAUACCUCACUGACCGCAUCGACGCAUUCCAGCUGCCGCAGGAGGCUCAGGCGAUUCAGGCUGAGAUCGCAGCCCACGAGGCCACAGUGGAGGAUCUGCGGAGGAGAAAUGUGGGUAAUGUUCCUCUGACAGCCUCAGAGGGCAAACCAGUGCGAGGAGGAACCCAGCUGGAGCAGAUACAGCGUAAACUCAGAGAGAUCAGCACGAAAUUCCAGCUGUUUCAGAAGCCGGCCAACUUUGAGCAGCGAAUGCUGGACUGCAGGAGGAUUCUGGAGAGCGCUAAAGCUGAGCUGCACAUCCUGGACCUGAAAAACACACAACCAGACGAGAUCCAGACACACCUGAGCGGAUGCAUGAAACUGUAUAAGAUCUUGAGCGAGGUGAAGCUGGAGGUGGAGACGGUGAUUAAAACCGGACGGCAGAUCGUACAGAAACAACAGACGGAGAAUCCUAAAGGAAUGGACGAGCAGCUGACCGCCCUCAAGUUACUCUACAAUGAACUGGGCGCUCAGGUGACCGAGGGUAAGCAGGAUCUGGAGAAGGCCUUGAGUCUGUCUCAGCAUGUGCAGAAGGAGAGCGCCGCCCUGCAGGUCUGGAUGAAGAACAGCGAGACUGAGCUGAAGGAGAAGCUGAGCACGGCAGACAUGCCUGCAGACAUCGACAGCGAGAUCAGCUGGGCCAACGGUGUGCUGAAGGAGUCUGAGCGCAGGAAGUGUGAUCUGUCAGCGCUGAUGGAGAACAGCGCCGCCCUGCAGGCGUUAGUGGAGGGGAGCGAGGCUCAGCUGGAGGACCGGCUCUUUGAGCUCAAUGAGGACUGGGAGAGAGUGCACACACUCAUAGAGGACUGGCUCAGCGCUGUACUGAAUCACAGGCGUGAGGUGGAGAUGUUUGAUGAGAAUCUGGCUCAUAUCAGCACGUGGCUCUAUCAGACAGAGAUACGACUCGACGAGAUGGAGAAGAAACCUGCAGCCGACAGACAGAGGAUAGUCCAGGCAGUGCUGUGUGAGCUGGAGGAGAUGACGGUGCGGGUGGACAGUGCUCGAGAUCAGGCUGUGAUUCUGAUGACCAGCAGAGGGCCGUCCUGCAGAGAGCUGGUGGAGCCCAAACUGGAAGACCUCAACCGAAACUUCCAGAAGGUGACGCAGCACAUCGGCUCUGCACAGGAGUCUGCAGGUCUGGAGGUGCAGCUGGAGGUGAUGGAUGGGAGAUCUGCUGCUCUUCUGUCCUCCUCACAGCUACAGCUCUUUGAGGCAGAGCUACAGGAGGCUAUCAGAGCUCUGGAGCAGCAGCAGAAAACACACACCGCUGACCGGCAGCCGGAUGAGAAGAAAGCUGAUGUUGAGGAGCUUUUGAGGAGAGGAGAGGAGCUGCUGCCGUCUGUGUGUGAUGAUGACAGAAGAGAAAACAUCCGCUCAACACUCCUGCUCCUACACACACGCUAUAAGGAUCUUGAUAUCAGCAGAGCUCCGGCUGUAGCCGAAUCUGCGCUGGAGUUUUCCUCUGUUCCUCCGCAGAGAUCAGAGUCGUCUCCACAGGACCAGAGGAGUGUGUGUGCGUCUCCGUCUGAGCACAGGAGUGUGUGUGUGUCUCCGUCGGACUAUCUGCUGGACAUUAAUAAAGUGCUGCUGGCCAUGGCGGACAACGAGCUGCUGCUGAACUCCUCUGAGCUCAGCGGAGGCCUGUUUGAAGACUUCUCCAGCCAAGAGGACACACUCAGGAGUAUAAAGCAAAGUCUGGAGCGUUUGGGGGAGCAGGUCCAGCUGAUCCACGAACUGCAGCCUGAUGUGAUUCUGGAAGCGUCCAGACAGGAGACGACCCAGAUUUCAGACGCUUUGACCCAACUGAACUCAGAGUGGGACAGGGUCAACCGCAUGUACAGCCAGAGGAAAGGGAGUUUUGACGGAGCGCUGGAGGAGUGGAGGAGGUUUCACUGUGAUCUGACUGAGCUCUCACAGUGGCUGAGCGACACCGAGCAGAGACUGACUGACGGAGAGCUGGAUGCGGAGCACACACACACACAGCAGCAGGACCUGGAGCAGGGCUUGUCCUCUCAGGAGUGUGUUCUGCUGGAUUUGAGCAGGUCUGGACAGCACAUCAUCUCUCAGGUUUCCUCCGCUGAUGGCGAUCUGCUGCAGGAGAAACUGGACACACUGAGACGCCGCUUUACACACGUGCAGAGAGCAGUGUCUGACCGCCAGCGCAGGCUGGCAGGUGUCGAUCCAGCUGUGGUGGAGGUUCUGCGGAGGACUGAUGCACUGGCGCAGUGGCUGCAGCACACAGAGCGCACUGUGGACACACUCACUGACACUAACCUCAGCGAGCUCAAGUGUCUGACGGAGCAGAUGGAUGGUCAGAACGAGACUCUUUCGUGGCUGAAUAAAAGCGGCUCUCAGAUCCUGUCCAACUGCAGUCUGAGUGCUCAGGACAGAGACGCUCAUGUCAGCAAAAUAAGACAGAUCAACAUGCGCUGGAGUAAAGUGAGCGGUGAGCUGCUGGAUAAGGUGCGUGAGGUGGAGGCUGGUCUGCACACACACACUCCUCCGCUGCAGGACGAGAGCCGCUCGUAUGGCCAGUUCCAGGAGCGCAUCAACACACUGGGAGACUGGGUGUACACCAGCAGCCAGAGCCUAAGUGACGACACACACACUGACAGACAGGUUCUGGAGAUGUCCAUGCUGGAGCAGAAGCGAGAGCUGGAGGAUCUCCUAUCCUACUCUAUUGAGCUCCAGAGGAAACAGCUGCUUUUACCACAGGAGAAGAGUAAAAUCGAGCAGCUGGCGGCCGACUGGAAAGCUCUGGACGUGCGACUGAAGGAGUCUCAGCAUCCUGCCGUGUCCCCGUGGGUUUCCCAGCAGGUUUCUCAGCAGACGUUCACAGCGAGCGUCCCGUCUGCGGUGCACAUGGUCAGUCUGCGGAGCGAGGAGCGGCGCCGCAGCCCGGAGCUGAUGAUGGGACCCAGUGAACUCCACCAGACGGCCACAGAGCUGGCGGACUGGCUGCUGCUCAUACACCAGAUGCUCAAGUCCAACAUCGUCACACUCGGAGACAAAGACGAGAUCCGCACCACCAUCGGCCGCCUGCAGGUGACUAAAGGUGAUCUGGAGCAGAGACACCCUCAGCUGGAGGAUAUCAUCACACUGGCCCAAAACAUCAAGAACAAAACCUCCAACCUGGACGUGCGCACAUCCAUCUCGGAGAAGUUGGAGAAAGUCCGCAGCCAAUGGGACAGCACACAGAACGGUGUGGAGGCGCGGCUUCUGCAACUGGACCACAUGAUUGGCCACAGCGACCAGUGGGAGGAGCAGAGGCGGAAAGUGAAGGCUCUAAUUGGCCAGAAUGAGCUGCGUUUGAAUAACCUGCUGCAGCAGAGCCGGGAGCCGCUCACCAAACAGAUCAGCGACAACAAGGCGUUCCUGCAGGAGCUCAGUCGAGGACAGGAGAGCGUUUCUGCUUUUAAUGAACUGUCCAAUCAGCUGCUGCAGGACUACGCCAAUGACGACACGCGCAAAGUCAAAGAGGUCAUGGACACACACAACAACUCCUGGAACAGCAUCAACAACAGGGCUUCAGACCGUCAGGCUGCUCUGGACCUAGACCUGAAAUCUCUGCAAACGUCGCUCCGUGAGCUCGAGUUUUUCCUGAAGUGGCUCCACGAGUCAGAGACUACAGUCAAUGUGUUAUCAGACGCCGCCCAGAGGGAGGGGCUUUCUCAAGACUCCGCCCACAACAAACAACUUAAGGCUCAGCUUGAGGACAUCCAGGCGGAGAUCGAGGCUCAUAAUGAUGUGUUCAGGAGUGUGGAGGGCAACAAACUGAAGAUGGUGAAGGCUCUGGGCGGCUCAGAGGAGGCUGUGUUUCUGCAGCAGAGACUCGACGACAUGAACCAGCGCUGGAGCGACCUGAAGGCCAAAUCAGCCAACAUACGGGCUCAUCUGGAGGCCAGUGCCGAGCGCUGGAACCGGCUUCUGUCGGUGCUGGAGGAUCUGAGCCGCUGGAUCGGUCUGAAAGAUGAGGAGCUGAACAAACAGAUGCCCAUCGGAGGAGACGUGCCCACAUUACUGCAGCAGCAGACACACGGCACGGCUCUGAGGGCGGAGCUUAAGGAGCGGGAGCAUGUGGUUCUCAGCACAUUGGAUCAGGCACGCAUGUUUCUGGCAGAGCAGCCAAUCGAAGGCCCUGAAGAGCCGCGCAAGAACCUGCAACCCAAAACAGAGUUGACCCCGGAGGAGAAGGCCCAGCGGGUGGCGAAGGCGAUCCGCAAGCAGACGGCGGAGGUGUGUGAGCGCUGGGACCGACUCACGGGACAUGCGGGGACCUGGCAGGAGCAGGUGGAGCGAGCGCUGGACAAACUGCAGGACCUCCAGAGCUCCAUGGACCAGCUGGACCUACGUCUGGCCCAGGCCGAGGAGCUGAAGGCGGGAUGGCAGCCGGUGGGAGAUCUGCUCAUAGACUCCCUACAGGACCACAUUGAUAAAACCACGACGUUUCGGGAGGAAGUGUCUCCUCUGAAGCAGGAUGUUGGAGCUGUGAAUGAUCUGGCGGCACAGCUUACCCCACUGGACGUCCAGCUGUCCUCCACCACCAACCGUCAGCUGGACAAUCUCAACAUGCGCUGGAAACUCCUGCAGGCGGCUGUAGAAGACAGGUUGAAGCUCUUACGGGAAGCACACAGGGAUUUUGGACCCUCCUCUCAACACUUCUUAUCCACUUCAGUGCAGUUGCCCUGGCAGAGAGCCGUGUCCCAGAAUAAAGUGCCCUACUACAUCAAUCAUCAGAGUCAGACGACGUGCUGGGAUCAUCCCAAGAUGACAGAGCUCUACCAUUCUCUCUCCGACCUCAACAACGUGCGCUUCUCUGCGUACAGGACGGCUAUGAAGAUCCGCCGGCUCCAGAAAGCUCUCUGCUUGGAUCUCCUGGAUCUGGGUGUUGCUCAGUCCAUGUUCCAGCAGCACAAGUUGACAGUGAACUCUCAGCAGCUGACGGUUCCGGAGAUCAUCAACUGCCUGACGUCUGUGUAUGACGGCCUGGAGCAGGAGCACAAAGACCUGGUCAACGUGCCGCUGUGUGUGGACAUGAGCCUCAACUGGCUGCUCAACGUCUACGACACGGGUCGCAGCGGGAAAAUCCGCGUUCUGUCCAUGAAGAUUGGUCUGCUCUCUCUUUGCAAGGGUCACCUGGAGGAGAAAUAUAAAUGUCUGUUUAAUCAGGUGGCGUCGGCAGGCGGGACGUGUGACCAGAGGCAGUUGGGUCUCCUUCUGCAUGAUGCCAUUCAGAUCCCUCGACAGCUGGGUGAGGUGGCAGCGUUCGGCGGGAGCAACAUCGAGCCCAGCGUCCGCAGCUGCUUCCAGCAUGUGACCAAUAAGGUUGAGCUGGAGCCGAGGCAGUUUAUUGAUUGGAUGAGGCUGGAGCCGCAGUCUAUGGUUUGGCUGCCGGUUCUACACCGAGUUGCUGCGGCAGAGACGGCAAAACAUCAGGCCAAGUGCAACAUCUGCAAAGAGUUCCCCAUCGUCGGCUUCAGAUAUCGCAGUUUGAAACACUUUAACUAUGACGUCUGCCAGAGCUGUUUCUUCUCUGGUCGCACAGCGAAGGGUCAUAAACUGAACUACCCGAUGGUGGAGUACUGCACACCGACUACGUCGAAUAAAGACAUGCGGAUUUCACAAAGUCUUAAAAAACAGUUCCGCUCGAAAAAGUAUUUCGCCAAGCACCCUCGCCUGGGGUACCUUCCCGUCCAGAGUCUCGAAGGAGACCACAUGGAAACUCCGGUCACUCUCAUCAGCAUGUGUCCGGAGCACUAUGAGCUCUGUCCAUCACCGCAGCUCCCUCAUGAUGACACACACUCUCGGAUAGGGGAAUACGCCAACAGGCUGGCACAGAUGGAGCGGUCCAAUGGCUCUCUGCCCACCGACAGCAGCUCGGCCACUGGAAGCAUGGACGAGGAGCACGCUUUGAUCCUGCAGUACUGUCAGACUUUAGGAGGAGAGGGCUCAUCUUUCAGCCAGCCUCAAAGCCCUGCCCACAUCAACAGGACCCCCGCCCACAACACCCACAGCCCCUCCUACCUGCUCCAGAGCCCCGCCCAGAUCCUUCAGGCAGUGGAGAGGGAGGAACGAGGAGAGCUGGAGCGAAUCAUUGCGCGGCUAGAGGAUGAGCAGCGGACCCUGCAGAGGGAGUAUGAAGAGUUGCGUUUUCAGCACGGUCAGCCCGGCGCCACAGCUGCUAGCGGAGCCCCAGAUGAAGCUGACCUGCUAGCUGAAGCUAAACUCCUGCGACAGCACAAGGGACGACUGGAGACCCGCAUGCAGAUUCUGGAGGAUCACAACAAACAGCUGGAGUCACAGCUCUACCGACUGCGCCAGCUGCUGCAUCAGCCUGAGUUAAACGGCACAUCAUCAUCCGGCUCUCUUCAUCAGGACGCAGCAGGACAGCCCGAAAUCUCAGAAGAGUUUCUCCAUCAGUGUGCUAACAGUAACUCUGCUCUGGCGGAGGUUAUGGAACAGAUUAACCACAGUUUUCCUGCAUGCUCUCCGUCGAGUGUGUCCUCAAGACCGAAGGUGAAGUGAGCCGAAUUCUCGAAGACUCCCAUUCCCGAGAUGCAGAAUCCCGUCUGUUUCCAUCCAGCCCAAAGACUCUGGAACAGACCACGCUCUCAUUCAGAAACUAGGACUACUGCAUCUGUCUGUACUAUGCAACUGUACAUUUGAUCAACACAUGUAGAUUGUACGUGAGGUGUAUCUGCCCAUUCUUUUCAUACUCCAGAUGAUUAUUUAGGGUUAUGGGGGGGCCAUUAAUCGUGUAUCCUGUAUGCUUUUAUUUCUGUCUUCACCAAGGAAUCCAUUCCUCGCGUCUUUCUAACGAUGUGGUUAUUUAGUUCAGUCAGAAAAUGUGGUGGAGAUUAGAGGAAUUGGUCUCGUGAUGCUAAUGUGUUAGCGCAUGUUGCCCCCCAGCAUAUUUCUGUUGACGUUUUGACAGUGUUUGCGGUGAAAUCUCCCUUUAAAGCAUUGUUUUUGAGCAUUUAAAACCCUCACUGCAUUUCUAGAGCGCACGCACAGAUGAUGUACAACACAGAUGUUGUACAAAAAAAACAACAACAGAAUAAAUACACCCUUUUGUGCCUAUAAAGCAUCCAUUCCAGGAGAGAUGCCGUAUUUCUCAAGAAAAAAAAUCAUGUAGAAAGAUUAUAUUAUAAGAGUCGGUUGUAGGAAAAUGUGGAUUUUCGGGAUGUUUGGCCCCAAGAUGAUUUAUCUUUGUGUAGUAUACUUUUAUAAAUAAAGCAGUUUAAUUAGAGAAAGCCAUGAUUGCCUUGCUACCUCAGACAUGAAUCAAUCACUCAUUGGUGUGACUGUCGAUUGAUUUCCAAAACGAAAGUACGCUUCCCACAUCCCUGACGUUGUGCUUCUGCCUUGUUUUCCUCAGCGGUUGUUUUGUUUUUCUACACUGUGUAAUUUGUGGCGUGCUCCCCCCCUUCAGUGAAGUGCUAGAUUUGAACAUUACUGUAACAUCGUAUUCUGAUCUAGUGAAGUCACAGAUGCUGUGCUGUUCUGACCCGAUAGAUCCAUUAGACCGACCACACUACAUGUAAUGAGGUUCCACACAUUUUAUUCAAAUAAAGUUUUUAUAAUGAGG